CUCUGUGAUAUAUAAACAAGUCAUCCAAUAUUCCCAACUCAUCUAGGGUUUUUACGGUGCCCAUGACUCAGUAGAGUCCCAGUCCCCUACUCUUCUUCUUCUAUCUCAACACACCACCCCUGAGGAGGAGCAGGAGGAAGGAUAUCGAGGGUUAAUUCCAAUGGGGCUCAUGCCCACCGUCGCCAUGCUGCUCGUGCAGAUCGGCUUCGCCGGCAACAACCUGCUCUCCAAGAUGGCGCUGGAAAACGGCGCCAGCCCCUACGUGCUCAUCUCCUGCCGCAGCCUCAUCGCCGCCCUCUUCCUGGCGCCCUUCGCCGUCUACUUCGAGAGGAAUAAAUGGAUGAUGAUCACCAAGAAAGUAAUCAUGCAGAUACUUCUUUCCUCCACUCUCGGCAUGGCGGUGAGCGAGGUGCUCUUCUUCGUGGGGUUUAAAUACACCAGCCCGACGGUUGCCAGCGCAAUCGGCAACAUCGUCCCAGCCCUCACCUUCGUGAUAGCCGCCACGCUGAAGAUGGAGCCGGUGCGGCUACAAACCCCCGCCGGCCAGGCCAAGGUGGUCGGCACGCUCGUCUGUGUCGGGGGCUCCAUGAUCAUGCCCUUCUACAAGGGCCCGCUCCUCAAGCUCUGGGCCUCCCCUAUACACUGGCGCUAUGCCGAGCACACGACGGGUGCCGCCGUGCCACCCACCAAUAGUGGCCUCGGCGACCUCCUCAUCAUCCUCAGCGCCGUCGCCUGGGCCGCCUGGCUCGUCAUGCAGAACAAGACGUCGGAGGAUUUCUCGGCGCCGUACACCAGCACGACUAUCAUGUCCCUGAUCGUCUCGGCGGAGUCCGCGGGCGUCAGCGCGGCCGUGGACCGGAGCCUCUCCGUCUGGAACAUCGGGCUGGGCAUCAAUCUGUACUCCGUGCUCUACAUGGGAAUCGUUGGCUGGGGGAUCAUGUUCGUGGUCAUGACGUGGUGCAUCCAGGUGCGCGGCCCGCUCUUCGUCUCCAUGUUCAACCCCGUGGUGCUCGUCGCCGUCGCCGUUCUCGGCUGGGCUAUCCUCGACGAGAAGCUGCACGUCGGAAGUGUUAUUGGCUCGGCGCUCAUUGUCAGCGGGCUAUACAUGGUGCUGUGGGGCAAGGGGAGUGAGAUGAGCAGACCAGCCCAACGCGACGGGCAAACUGAAACGGUGAGCACCAAGGGGCUGGAAUCCAACGGGAAAAACAACGACGUGCAUUCCUCGCCAGUUUGAUCAGAUCACAACAACAUCCUAUCUCUAGUUUGGAGAGCAUAUAUUACAUCGUCAGAUCGAUAAAUCCUAUGUUACUCUAUGGAAGGCCCCUCUCACUGCUCCAGUCAAAUUCCUUGAGAAUGGCAGCAACCACCAAAUAGCGCCGACUGCAGCUAAAGGAGCACAACUAACUAACUCCUUAAUCUAAUCAAGCAGUAGUUGUGAUUUGUCAUAGGGAGUAAAUCAAUGUUGAUGUUGUGAUUCGUCGUAGUCCUAGGGAGGAACUAUUGAGCCAUGCUCAUUCCAAGAAACCGAGACAGUGUUUCGCUUAACGCACGACUGAAUUAUUUUCAUGGUAGUUC